UUUCAGCGCACAUUCAUCACUCGUUUGUCGUGCUAAAAAACAGGAAAAUUUAAUAGAAACAGCAAUUUUUAAUUGAAAAUUGCAAAGGCCAAGCUCAGCUUUCGACUUUGCUCUGCUUGCUUACCAGUGUGCGUGCGUGUGUGUGCGUUCGUGGCGUUUUUGCACACGUGGGGGCCAGGUGCACACAUACAAGCAUACAACGUAUAUACAUGCGUGUAUUUGUGGCCACUUGUUUGUGUGUGUGUGUGUUAUGCUAACUGGAAUAAAAACCUUUAAUGUGGCUUUGGGAUUAUAUUAUGGAAAUAAAACAACGCCAAGCGGCGAGACGUAAUGUCAGAGUGCCCGUGGUCUACAUUGGCACAGGUGCCGCAACAUUCUGUGCCUUGUAUCUGAUCUUUGGCUAUGGCGCACAACUCUUGUGCAACAUCAUUGGUGUACUGUAUCCGGCUUACAUAUCAAUUCAUGCCAUCGAGUCCAGCACCAAACAGGAUGACACCAAAUGGCUGACUUACUGGGUCACCUUUGGCAUCUUUACCGUCAUCGAGUUCUUCUCGCAUGUACUGACCCACGUUAUUCCCUUCUACUGGCUGUUAAAGUGCGCUUUCCUCAUUUGGUGCAUGUUGCCCGUGGAGAACAAUGGUUCGGUUAUCAUCUACCACAAGCUGCUGAGACCUUAUUUCCUUAAACAUCAUGCAUCUGUUGAUAAGAUCAUUGAUGAUGGCAUGAAGAAGGCCGGCAACUUUGUGAAGAGCGACUAGAGAUGAACUUUGUAAAUAAUUGCCUUCCUUGAGCAUUUUGAAGCUUCCGCGCAUGCAAGGAUAAUCGUCACACACAAACACAUAUAUUUAUCUCUUUGGCCACCAUCCGUUUAUCACUAAUGAAUUUGCUAUUGAUUGUUAUUAGGGCCCGCAAGCUCCUCAUUUGAUUAUGCAUACUAGAUGUUUAUAUAUACGUGGAGUAGGUGUGAAAUCUUGGCUUGUUACCACAUAAAUUGUAAAAACAAUGCAUAUUUUAUUGGUUAAUUAAAUGAUAAAUAACAAGGAAAACACUACGCGGUUUCUGCCGCUUUCUGACUGCCCUCCGCUUCUGCCAGCGCCGCCGCCUCAGCUGCCGCCUUGCGAUUGCGCCAAGCUGUCAUGUAAGUGCGGGGAUGCACAGGGAGCAAACCAGAGAUGCCCAACAACUCAGCAGCCGGCUCAGACAUGUGAGCUCCUUUGCCCAGCCAGAACCGAAUGCGUUCGGUGUUGAGGGCAACUAAUCUCUCAUUGUUCUCGUUGGGCAUUGGAUCGUAUGAACCGACUUGCUCAAUCACAGGCUGAUGCUGAUUUUUGCGCCUCUGCAAAAUUAAUUUAAUGUGUUCGUUACACGAUUACAACAAUUUUUAACUCAAGCCCAACAAACCUCCAUGACAACAAUGUGAUAGAAUGGGCGAUUUGUGCAGCCAAGGCGAACAAAGCGUAUUAUUUUCGCCGAGUGCUUGUAAAAGCGUCCAAUGCCACUAGCCGGUGAUAAGGACAUUUUGUGUUUUAUUUCAGUUUUUUACUUUUCCGAAAA